CCCAGGGCCCCGGCCGGCGUGCUUUGCGCCUGGCCCCACCCGGCGCACGUGUCGUGGCGUUUAAGCUGCGCCGCAGGAGGGCCUGACCCCAUGGCCAAGUGGUUAACAUGAACUCUGCUUCAGUGGCCCGGGGUUUCGCAGGUUGGAUCCUGGGCUGCGGAUGUAGCACCGCUCAUCAAGCCAUGCUGAGGCGGCGUCCCACAUAGCUCUUCUAGAAGGACCUACAACUAGAAUAUGCAACUAUGUACUGGGGGCCUUUGGGGAGAAGAAGGAAAAAAAAAGAUUGGCAACAGAUGUUAGCUCAGGGCGAAUAUGGGAAAAAAAAUAUUCUAAAAUGAAAGGUUUCCUGUGGACAUCUGACAGCCUGUGUUCAAUACUGUGCCUGCAUUAUUCUGCUAGGGCUGCCCUGCAAGCACUGCGUGGCUUAAACCACAGAAAUUUAUUCUCUCAGGGUUCUGGAGGCUGGAAGCCCAAGGUGGAGGUGUCCGAGGGCUGGUUUUCCUGAGGUCUCUCUCGUUGGCUUGUAGAUGGCCCCCUUCUGGCUUGUGUCCUGUCAGGGUCUCUCCUCUGUGUGUAUGUGUAUCCUCACCCCCUGUUCUCAUAAGGACACCUGUCAUAUUGGAUUAGGACCCACCCUGGUGAACUCAUUUUAACUUAAUUACCCCUUUAAAGACUCUGUCUCUAAAUGCAGUCACAUUGUGAGGUACUGGGAGUUAGGACUUAAGUGUGUGAAUUUGAGGGGACAGUUCAGCCUGUAACGCUGCCACUUUACCAGUUGGGGCUUUUGACCAGUUUGCUUAGCGUGCCUGUGCCUCUGUUUUCACUGCUUUAAAAUAGGAGCAACAGUGGUCAUUAGGUCGUGGGGUUGUGAGGAUUCAGUUGUUGGAUGGUGUGUGUAAAGCUCUCAGAACCUUGUCUAGCUCACAGGAAGUUCUCUGUAAGUUGAACAUACAUUUCAUCUAUAAAUUAGCGAUCCCGGGGCCUCACUAUGGGGUGAACAGUGGGUGAGGCACUUGGGUACUUAGUCCUGGGCCUAGUCAGGGGAAUAAAGGUAAUCAUCACAGCCAUCAUCGCAGGGCUGUGUGCUGCUGUGCCAGGUGCUGAUUGUUUUAUGUCUGUCCAUCAUUUCCUCGUCACAGCCACAGCCACCGUAGUGCUGGGCCAUCGUCACGUGCCCAUUUGGCAGAUGGGGAAGGCGCUGCACAGGGAUGGAGCUGGGGUUUGAACUUAGGCUCUGGAGCCCGUGCUCUCAACCUCUGGGCUGUAUUCCCUCUGUUAAAAAGGAUGUGGCCCUGGGGAUCCUCAGUCUGCAGGCAGACCCAGGGAACUGUUGGCUGACUUCUCUUGUUUUUGGCUCAGGUUUCCAGUGGUGGCAGCACUCAUGGUGGGCGGGCCUCAGCAUUUGUGCAGAGACACAGGACAGGCCUGUUGGUGGGUUCCUGUGCAGGCCUGUUUGGGGCCCAGAUUCGUACCACCUUUUCCCAGAUCCUGUGGUCCAAUGGCUGUACCAGUACUGGCCUCAGGGCCAGCCAGUGCCACUCUCCCCAGAGCUGCAGAGACUCUUCCAGGAGGUGCUCCAGGACAUGGGCGUCCCCUCAGGCCAUUGCUACGAGGCCUUCACCACCUUCACCUUCCAGCCUGUGAGUGCUGGCUUCCCGAGACUCCCUGCGGGGGCCGUGGUGGGCAUCCCCACCAGCUUCCUGGGUGGCCCAGUGACCCACAGCGACCAGCCUGUGAUCGUCCAUGGGCACAGAGUGAACUGGCAGAGCCCAGCAGACGCCCGGCUGAGAGAUGCCCUGACCCUGUCCCGUGACGCCCAGAAGUUCGCCUUGGCCAGGGAGGUGGUGUACCUGGAGAGCGCUGCAGCCGCCCUGCAGGCCCUGCCGGCCCCCGCUUGCCUGGCAGGAACCUGGGCCCUGGGCGUGGGUGCCAAGCAUGCCCUGGGGCUGUAUGGGGACCCCAUGAACUUACGGGCCGCCUUCAACUUGGUGGCAGCAGUGGCAGGCUUUGUGGCCUAUGCCUUCUCCACGGACUCUCUCACUCACGCCCUGGAAGCCUGGCUGGACUGCCGCACGGCCUCCCUGUCUGCGGCGUAUGCCCGGGGCGGUGUGGAGUUCUAUGACAAGGUUCUGUCGGGCAACCUGGCCCUGCGAGGCCUCUUGGGCUGGCCUGGAGAGAAGCUGUACACGCCCAGUGGGAAUGUCGCUCCCAGGCACUGGUUCUGCGUCAAACACUUACCCUACACGACCCGCCGGGACUCUGUGCUGCAGCUGUGGAGGGCGACGCUCACCCCAGGCCGUUCCUGAGGGGUCACCUCGAGGACAGUCCCAGCUCGCGCAGGCGCCGCUCCGCCACUGCCUCUGGGGGCUCUCUUGGCACCUCUGCACCCACACACAGCCCAGCGUCAGAAAAAUCACAGGCUUUUGAGCUCAGCAGCCGAGAUUCUACCCCAGCCCACCACUCAUGGUCGCAGUGCCCUUGGGCGAGUCUCUGGAUGAGUCGGAGCCUUGGUUCCGUCCACUGUGAGAAGGGGAAGGGAUAAGCCUCCUGGGAGGAUUGUGGGGUUGUGUGAGAAGUGAACGCGAGCAUCUGGCAGGGAGGGCUUGCCGUAAAUAAACAGGACGUCCCUCCUG